AUGGACUCCCAGGGAAUCAUUCUCGAUGAUGACGCCGGGAGGUUCGUCUCCGGGGAUGAGACAAAUUGUGACCUCUGCAAUCUUCUCUCAAACGCCGUUCCUUCGAGUUUCAUAUCCGAGUCCGAGGCGCAAGAUUUCGAGCUUCGUGCGUUUUCGUACCUGCAGAACGGCAUCGGUGUCAGGCACACUCUUCCGGGCGCACAAGACAGCCUGUUAGUUGUGGUCACUGCCAAGAACAUGGUCAUUUUUGACGAAACCUUUUUCGACGACUACGGCUAUAAUGGAAAGUCUUACGUGGUUCUUACAGACGGUAAGCUCGGUCCUUUGAAGCCGCAGGAAAUCCCAGCGCUUUUCGACCAUGGCAGGGCCCGUCUGUGGAUUGACAAUUGUAAAGAGGAUCAUGGACCGUCGUGCAAUAAGCCUGUGUCUUCAGCUGCCAUUCCAGGGAUGAAACUCAUCAACUGCAAUACUCUCCAAAUCGAACCUGCACAGCAUGGUAUGCAAUGGAUAGCAUUGAGCUAUGUAUGGAGUCCUCAACCCUCGAGCUCUUCUGCCCAAGUCAAUCGUCGAUUGCCAUCAGAACUGUCGGCUUCAGUCAAGGAUGCCAUGGCUCUCACAAGGCUUCUUGGGUACCAAUAUCUAUGGGUUGAUAAAUAUUGCAUAGAUCAGGGCAAUGCGGCAGAGCUGAGCGACCAGAUCAACAAAAUGGACCUAAUUUACAGCAACGCCGAGGCCACCAUUGUGGCAGCUACCGGCCCAGAUGAAACGUAUGGCCUACCAGGCGUGGGUUCCACUAAACGGUUCAAACAAGACAUCGUUCAUGUAGCCGGUGCCGCAAUUAUCAACAUGGGGCCUCACCCGGCUGUGUACGUCGAGGAGGAAUUCCGUUGGUGGAAGCGAGGAUGGACGUUCCAAGAAGGAUUACUCUCCCGACGGAGAAUUAUCUUCACCGAAACACAGGCAUUCUUCGAAUGCAACACCGCGAGCUGGAUAGAGAGCUUGGGAGGGAUCGAGUUAGUCAAAGAUCGGCAAUCGCUCAAUUGGACAAAGUGGAAGAACGGGACUUUCCUCUUGAGUCACUUCAUGGGCCAGCCGGAAACCCAGGCCCCAACAGAGACAACAAGGCACGGAGGAAACGAGCUCUUGGAGAACCCCGCCGGAGACUCUAGGAUUGCACGCCGUCUCGUCGACUUCUUCCGCCUGAUUCAGCAAUACACGACGCGGAGCCUGACCUACGACUCUGACUCGCUGAAUGCUGCUGCCGGGAUGUUGAAGAUCUUGGCCAAAAGAAAGCCAUCGGUUCUUGCCAUCUCGGGCUUGCCCUACGUUUCACUCCCAGCACAAGACGUGUUGAUCGACACACAAAUAUUCAUUGCUAUAAGUUGGUACCACAAGAGCGGCACGGUUAUACGUCGAAGGCGGGAGUUCCCAUCGUGGACCUGGGCAGGCUGGGCAGGCGCUAUUCGUUGGAUGUGCUAUCCAUUUCUCAGCUCGCUGAAACCAUUGAAUCCGAUAAUGCGCGCGGUCGAGCUCGAAUUUGUGUCGGGAUCAUCUACCUUGUUGAAAACAAACUUUGAACAUGGACUAAGUGAUGUAAUGGAGUCGCCUAUCGCACUUCGAUUUGAAGCGCAAUCCGUUCCUCCCUCACUAUUCUGCAAUGGUCGGACUCCAAGUCAUUGGUCUGAAAUUGCAAUCGGAAACCAACGCCUUUCGAGUGGCAUGAAGACGCCUACGGAAACGCCUGUCGAGUUUCUCGAGCGUCUCAGAAGUGGCGUUUGGGGGUGUCUUCUUGUUGGGACGUAUCGUCCUCGGCCAAUGCUCGCGCCGCAAGCAUAUUUGAUCGUGGUUGAGUGGGUUAGCGGCGCGACGGCAACACGCGUGGGCGCUCUCAUGUUCGAGGGAAAAGAGACCAUGAACGAGGAUAUUGGAAGGUUCUAUGACGGACUUGAUCUGUCAUGGAUUCGGCUUCGUCUCAUUUGA